AUGAGGGUACGGCUCCCUGAAACGGACAACCUAGAGUACUGGAAGCCAGUAGAGGACAAGGUUGCCAGCAGCUUGCCCAUGAAAAAGCUUUCCUUGGACCUGCUGACGAGCAUCGGCGAGGAUCUUCCAAUUUGGAUCGACCUGAGGAGCCUGGAAGGAGAGCCACUGCCACGGGGUUUGUCGCCGGCAAUCGGGGUGCGGUCAGGCGACAUUGCGAACUUCGCAAAGAUGGCCCUCGUGUAUGAAACGGGGCCGGGUGAGGAGGUCGACCUCCGCGAGCACGUGCCGAACCAGAUCAUCGUGCUUCCCCGCAGCCAAGCUCCCAAGCUGACUCUGGAAGCACUCCGGAAGAAGCUGCCCGGCCGCAGAUUCGAGCUCCUUCGGCAGGGCCAGUACGAUUGCCUGUGUCCUAAGUGGGAGGAGUUGUCCGAGAAAACCAAACAAGCCUUGCCUGCGGACAUGUUGCGCAUCAAGGCUGUUUCGGACAAGGUCUCAAAGAGUGCGACAUUCUUGCAAGGAGAUGACGAGGCAAAGGCACGCCCGGCGAGGAGGCGUCACUUGCAGGUGCGCUCCGCCUCCCUCCUGUUUUCGUACUUCAUUUCUGGGCAGGUUUUUCUUCUGCACCUGUAG